GGCAACACUUUAAGGAAAAUACUCCUAUAUCGCUACUUUAAAGGAGAACAUGGAAGUGGUAUGAAUGGGCCUCUGUCUGCCAGCUACAGCAAAACUGCACAAGUGGGAGGUGGAUUUUCAGGACAAGACUCAGAUAAGUCUGGGGUAACCAUGUCUGAUAUUCAGUGCCUUCUGGAUAAAGAAGGUGCAUCAGAAUUAGUCAUAGAUGUCAUAGUAAACACCAAAAAUGACAGAAUUUUCUCAGAAGGCAUUUUGCUUGGUAUUGCGUUGCUUGAAGGUGGAAAUACGCAAACACAGUACUCAACUUACCAGCAACUGAAGGAGCAAAAAAAGUCAGAAAAAUUCUUUAAAGUCCUGUAUGACCACAUGAAAGCUGCUCAGCAGGAGAUACGAUCGACAGUGACAGUGAACACUAUUGAUUUGGGAAGCAAAAAGAAAGAUGAUGAUAGUGACCUAACCGUAUCUGUUCCCAAAAAGAGAGUAAAGGAUUCAACCCUGCAUCUGAAAGAGGGUAUGAAAGGACAGUUAACAGAAGCAUCUUCUGCAACGUCCAAGGCUUACUCUGUGUAUCGAAGAGAAAUGGACCCAGAAAUAGAUCUUAUGAGCUCAGGAGCAGAUGCUGCGAAUGCAGAAGAGAAGUCCACAGAAGAAGCAAUCAUGAGCCCUGCCAUUGCGAUCAUGCAACCAAUAUUGAGAUUUCUUCAGCUGCUGUGUGAGAACCACAACCGAGAGCUCCAGAAUUUUUUAAGACAUCAGAACAAUAAAACAAAUUACAACCUUGUUUGUGAGACCCUUCAGUUUUUGGACUGUAUCUGUGGAAGCACGACAGGUGGACUGGGCUUGCUGGGACUUUACAUCAAUGAGAAGAAUGUGGCUCUUGUGAACCAGACACUGGAAAGCUUGACUGAAUAUUGCCAAGGUCCAUGCCAUGAAAAUCAGACUUGCAUAGCCACCCAUGAAUCUAAUGGGAUUGAUAUCAUAAUUGCGCUCAUCUUGAAUGACAUAAACCCUCUCGGCAAAUACUGCAUGGACUUGGUGCUUCAGCUAAAGAACAAUGCCUCCAAGCUUUUGCUGGCUAUUAUGGAAAGUAGGCACGACAGUGAGAAUGCAGAAAGAAUCCUUUUCAACAUGAGACCAAGGGAACUGGUGGAUGUGAUGAAGAAUGCAUAUAACCAAGGUCUCGAAUGUGACCAUGAGGACAAAAAUGGAGAUGAUGGCAUCUCCCCAAAAGAUGUUGGCCAUAAUAUCUAUAUUUUGGCACAUCAGUUGGCUCGUCACAAUAAAACAUUGCAACAGAUGCUGAAGCCAGGGUCAGAUCCAGAUGAAGGAGAUGAAGCCUUGAGGUAUUACGCCAAUCAUACGGCACAGAUAGAGAUUGUUCGCCAUGAUAGAACGAUGGAACAGAUUGUCUUCCCUGUCCCCAAUAUUUGUGAAUUCCUCACUCGGGAAUCCAAAAGUCGGGUAUUCAAUACGACAGAGAGAGAUGAACAAGGGAGCAAAGUCAAUGACUUUUUCCAACAAACAGAGGAUCUGUACAACGAGAUGAAAUGGCAAAAGAAAAUUAGGAAUAAUCCACCCCUGUUUUGGUUCUCCAGACAUAUCUCUCUCUGGGGGAGCAUUUCCUUCAACCUUGCUGUAUUCAUCAACUUAGCAGUUGCUCUCUUCUACCCUUUUGGAGAUGAUGGAGAUGAAGGCACGCUCUCUCCAUUGUUUUCCCUCCUCCUUUGGAUAGCAGUGGCGUUUUGUACGGCAAUGCUGUUUUUCAUCUCCAAGCCUGUUGGUAUUCGACCCUUUUUGGUGUCUGUUAUUCUCAGGUCUAUAUAUACUAUAGGUCUCGGUCCAACCUUGAUACUUCUUGGUGCUGCUAAUCUUUGUAACAAGAUAGUGUUUCUGGUGAGCUUUGUUGGGAACCGUGGAACUUUUACCCGUGGCUACAGAGCGGUCAUCAUGGACAUGGCUUUCCUCUAUCACGUCGCAUAUGUCCUGGUCUGCAUGCUGGGCCUCUGCGUGCAUGAGUUCUUCUAUAGUUUCCUGCUGUUUGAUCUGGUGUACAGAGAAGAGACUUUGCUAAAUGUGAUAAAAAGUGUUACCCGGAAUGGUCGCUCCAUUAUCCUCACUGCAGUGCUAGCGCUCAUCCUAGUUUAUCUCUUCUCCAUCAUUGGGUUCCUCUUCUUGAAAGAUGACUUUAUCAUGGAGGUUGACAGAUUGAAAAUCAGGACUCCUGUUGCAGGUAUUGGUGAAGUUCCCACUACAACCCUCACGUCAAUGAUGGGAGCCUGUGCAAAAGAGAACUGCUCAACAAGCAUCCCUAUUAUUAACCCAGGUGAAGAGGAGGAGGAUGGAAUAGAAAGGACCUGUGACACCUUGCUCAUGUGCAUUGUGACUGUAUUAAACCAAGGCCUGCGAAAUGGUGGUGGUGUGGGAGACGUGCUCAGAAAGCCUUCCAAAGAUGAGCCCUUGUUUGCGGCGCGAGUUGUUUAUGAUCUUCUGUUUUACUUCAUUGUCAUAAUUAUUGUUCUAAACCUAAUCUUUGGAGUCAUCAUUGAUACAUUUGCUGAUCUCAGGAGUGAAAAGCAGAAAAAGGAGGAAAUACUAAAGACAACCUGUUUCAUCUGUGGACUGGAGAGAGACAAAUUUGAUAACAAGACUGUUUCAUUUGAGGAGCAUAUAAAGUCAGAACACAACAUGUGGCAUUAUUUGUACUUUAUAGUUCUUGUCAAAGUUAAAGAUCCAACUGAAUACACCGGCCCGGAGAGCUAUGUGGCACAAAUGAUUGUG